AUGGAGCAUGGGUCGUUGGACGAUUCAAGCUCGUCGACGUUCUCUAUCAUGGAGGAGGACCAUACCCUCGCCAACUCUGUCAGAUUCGUCCUCAACCAGGACCCAAGGGUGGCAUUUUGUGGAUACAGCAUCCCUCAUCCUGCUGAGAACAAAGUUAACAUACGGGUUCAGACUACAGGAGAUCCAGCCAAGGAUGUUCUGAAAGAUGCAUUGCAAGACCUGAUGGUGAUGUGCCAGCAUAUAAGGGGGACACUUGACACUGCAGUAGCUGAUUUUCGGGGGAACAAACCAGCAGAAGCCAUGGACAUCGAUUUGAACAAAAAAUAG